AUGGGCCUGGCGGCAGCUCGCAAAAAAACAAAGAUUUCCCACGAUCCGAACAAUACAAAUUGGGCUCGAUCGACAAGUGGAUUCGGGCACAAGAUCCUUAGCUCGCAAGGAUGGACUCCGGGCAGUUUCCUCGGUGCGCACAAUGCUGCACAUGCUGAUAUGUUCACUGCUGCAAGUGCAUCCCAUAUCCGAGUUGCAUUGAAGGACGACACGCUGGGACUUGGAGCACGGCCAAAACGUGAUCUAGACGAGCCCACUGGCCUGGACGCCUUUAGAGGGUUGCUGGGCCGACUGAAUGGAAAAUCAGACUCGGACAUCGCGGCUGAUCAGCGCAAGAUUGAUGAUGUUAAACUGGCCCGGUAUGUUUCUACAAGGUGGCAAACCAUCCAAUUUAUCAGCGGUGGCUUGUUGGCGCAGGAAAAGGAAGAUGCACAGGAAAAGGAAGAUUCUUUGCCUGCGCGUGAGUCUCGAGGUCGCGAAGAAAACCCCGAGAAUGACAAUGCAGACAUGGCUGCACGAGCAUCGCUAGACACCAAGGAUAUCGAUAUUACCGAGAAGACGAGCAAGAAGGGGGACAAGGAGAGAAAGAAAGAAAAGAAAGAAAAGAAAGUGAAGAAAGAGAAGAAGGAGAAGAAGGAAAAGAAACGAAAGCGAAAGGAGCAGGAUCAGCAGGAUACUGAUUCUGUAAGUCACGACGAGGACGCAACGGAAUUGGAUUCUCAGACCGCUACAACCGACGGGAGAGAAACGCCACUGCGCGCAGCUUUGCCAUCAAGAGAGCGCCGUCCCUUGGGAAAACAUAUGCUCAGAGGUCGGUAUAUUGCGCAAAAGAAGAAAGCGCUGUUGGAUGAUAAAUCUCUAAAUGAGGUGAAUAAAUACUAUCCUUGCCUGACCUCGGGUCCUCAUGAGCCUGAUGCUAACGUUGCCCAGAUAUUUAUGAUAAAAUCGUAA